AGGGUGGGGGAGGGCAGCACUGACAGCUGUUUACAUGCUAGUUUCCACUUUCCACAUCGCUUUCAUGCCCACCAUCCUUCUCUCAUCGGCUGUUGCUCGGCCCAGUUUUCUCCGCCCAUUAGAGAACAUGACUUUACAGAAAACAUCCCACGCAGCUGUUGUAACGUAAAGCUUUAGAGGUGACCGCAGCCCUGAGCAAACACUUCAGCUUAUAAAUGGGAUAUUAAGCCGCCCUUAGAGUCUAUGGCAGAGUGAAAGUGCAUUGUGCAGAGUAAGAGAACGAAAAGCGACUGACUGAAAGACAGCAUGGCAGGAAAGGCGUGCAACGUUCUGAUCACCGGGGCCAACCGUGGCCUGGGACUGGAGAUGGUCAAGCAGCUGCUGGAGAAGCCGAUCCCUAACCGGAAGAUCUUUGCCUGCUGCCGUGACCCCAGCGCCCCCAAAGCCCAGGGUCUGCAGGAGCUGGCCAAGAAGCACCCUGGAGUCGUCCAUGUUAUUCGCCUUGACACCACCGACCCAUGCAGUGUGAAGGAGUCCGCCAAGCAGGUGAGCUCGGUCCUGGGCAAGAGUGGACUCAACCUGCUGGUGAACAACGCUGGCGUGCUGGCCCAUGGCACCAUGCAGACCACGGGAACCAAGGAGAUGCAGGAUGCCUUCAACACCAACAUCAUGGGGCCUAUGAUGGUCACCAAGGAGUUCCUUCCAUAUCUGUGUGAGGCGGUGAGGAGCAGUGGGAAGACGGGGAUGUCCUGCAGCAGAGCGGCCGUGAUCAACAUCUCCACGACGCUGGCUUCCAUGGCAACCGUUCCUGAGAUGUACUCUUUCUUCCCUGCCAUCUCAUACCGCAUCAGCAAGGCCGGUCUGAACAUGUUGACAAUCUGUAACUCAGUGGAAUUCAAGCAAGACGGGGUCCUGUUUACCCUCCUGCACCCGGGAUGGGUGCGCACGGACAUGGGGGGAGAGGAGGGUGCCAUUGAUGCCCAGGAGAGUGUUGGUGGUCUGCUCCGUGUCAUGGAUUCCCUGACGGAGAAACAUAACGGAGCUUUUCUGGACUACGAGGGGAAACCAAUGCCCUGGUGAUGAUGAAGGAAUUAACAAUGUGUCAUGGCGCCAUAUGUUGCAACUUCAUCUGUCUGGUUACCAACUAGCUCAGGCAUCAAAAUGAAUAUUUGUUGUGGAGAUGUUCAGACUAUAUGUUUGGUUUCCUGUUACUGUUGUACUCACUCUCUUUCUGUAAGUCGCUCUAGAUAAAAGCGUCUGCUAAAUGAAUGAAUGCACAUAUACAUGUACUGUACUAUUAAGACAUGCAAUAAAGUUAGAUUAA